AUGGAAUCACAGGGUGCUAGCGGUAUCAAUUUCCGCAAGCUCGACGCUUCCAAGUCGGAAAUCCGCCUACUCGAACUUCAACCAGCAGAUGACAUCGAUCAGCCACCGGUCUGUCGCCUUGUCAAUGUGGCGCUCACGGACAACGUAGAGUACGUGGCCAUCUCAUGUGCGCUGUCGGAAACAGAGACCGAGAAUGUCGUCAUCAACCAUAAGAAGGUCUCGCUGCCAGCAACGUUGGGCGAGGUUUUGAGACACAUACGAGCGGUAUUCCUGAGUUCGCCAACGCAGACGGAUAGAUCUCGGUCGCCAACUAAGGAGAAGAAAGGGCCUCCAAACUGGCUCGUUCAAGCUAUGAGAAAUGUCAGAUCAAUAUUUCCGGACUCAACCAAGAGCCAGUUUGAACAUGGCCAAGGAACUCUAUUGGUCUGGCUAGCGCCGCUUUGCAUUGACCGGAGGAGCUCUUCGGAAACAGCACAGCAGCUGUCACACAUGGCCAUGGCUUACAGAUCCGCCCAGGUGGUCGUCGGAUGGCUUGGGCCGAAAGCUGAGCUGACCGAUGUCGCGCUCGAGGUUCUGCAGCAAGUAGAAGAUGCAUUCCCAGAGCAUUUCGGCGAGCCGGAGGAUAAGAAGUUGCACCCAGAACAUUAUGCGCCACAGCACUCAUGGCUGCACAAGCUCGCCUUUAUGUGGGAGCAUGGGCUUGAGGGCCCUUACUACGCUGCGCUCAUGGAUUUCACUGAGAGGCCAUUGUUUCAUCGAACGUGGCUCAUUGACGAGAUUGCUAUGGCCCGCUAUCCUGCCUUCCUCAUUGGCGACCGAUUAGUCCCCUGGAAGCAGGUCAUCACGCUGAAUCAACUCUGCGAAGAGCUCAGCAGCGAGUCAGAUGUUUUCCCGUCAGGCCUUCGUCCAGUGGCACAGUCCUGGCCGCUGGGUACCAUCUACACCAUGUUAAAACAUUACGAGGAGAGAAAAAGAAUGGAAGCACAGGAGGAGCCGUCGAAAACGGGCGCGCUCAAGCAGUAUGAGCUCAAAAAACAAAGACAGCAAGCCACAGAGAUUGCAGGGGCUGGCGAGCAGGCUCAUGAAGAAAUGAGAAAGGAAAAGGCAAGACAGGGUUCAGUAGCGGAAGGCGUAAUUGCGGGCUCAUAA